AUGACGGCAACGUAUCCGUCCGCGACCCGCAACUCGCACUUGAUCAAUCGAACGAAACUGAUGAGCCGCUUAACAGCUGGGGAGCAAGCGGGACCAAUAGCAUUUGACGAUGCGCGCCCGCAACACCAAGUGACCAAUUCGGGGAUGCGAGACGAGUCGAAUUACGACAUUCCGACGGGACCAUACCGCACGGAUGCUUCAGUAAUCGCCAGUGUUAUGGCAACAACGGGACCGGCGUCAGAAGUCGUGACGACGGCAACAACGGCGGCGACCAGCUGCGGCAAAACGACGUUCGCCGUCGCAUAUUGCGACGCACAGCGCUGGUGCUCAUCGGUCGCUUUUCCGGUCAGGAACUGCAAACUCAGUCUGUACACGACGCAGUCGAUGGCAAAGAGUCAGCCA